GCCUAGAAAUAACGAAAUAAAUAUCUGCAACUUUAUUCGCUUUUGAGCGGCAAAAUAUAUUUAAAUUGCACGAUGUAUCGUACGGAGCGUAUCGAUUAUUUGCGUAAGAAAGCAGCAGCCCUGCAAUCAGCUGUUGUUGGAUGCGCGCACGUUUUUUAUAUUCCGAAUAUUAACAACAAACGCGGCACGAUGUCUGACAAUAUUGUGCUUAAUAUUCACAAUAUAAAGAAAAACCCGAAAAAGCCGAAAAAAGAGCGUGUUCUAAGCGUUACUUCAAAGGUCAUGAAGCGUGCAGCUAACAACAGUUCAGAGGCUAGCUUCCAGUUCACUACUGACAAGCUCAAAGUGAAGGCUCUAGUGAUGCGUAAACGUGCUGUGACCACAGCAAAGGCUACGGAGUCCCAACCUAACAAUGAAGCCGAGCCUAAGCCAAAGAAAAUCAAACAAGCUAUAUUAGCUGAAAAGCCAUCCAAUCCAUCAAUGAUGCCAAAGCCAAAAGCAAAGGCAAUCUCGAAGCAAGUUGAAAUACCAGCAGCUACACGCAAUCUUAGUACCAACGCAGGCAAUGAUGACUUCACUUUUAAUAUAGAUAUAAAGCCAGUGAUUCCCAAGGCGCCUGCAAAAUCUGUGUCAACGAAAAACGAGACAAAAGUAGUUGCAAGCGGCAUAAGCAAGCGUCAGCUAAAGGAGGCACUGGGUGGCAAGAAGCGCCUGGAGAAUCCGAACAAACAGCCACGAGCAGGUGAUUUGUUCAAAGCGCAAAUGGAUGAAGAAUAUAAAAAGAAGCGCGCCGCAGAGCAGCCUACGCACGAAGAGAAACAGUCGGAAGAUGAGGCGCAACAGUCAAAGACAAAUGGAACGCAUUGGGAUGAAGCAUCAGACGCAGAACAAUCUGAGCAAAAAGGUAAUGAAGACGCUGAUUCAGAAGCAGAAUCGGAAAUGGCCAACAAAGUGACCAAAGCUAAGCCAAACAAGCAAAAGGCCGAGACCAAGUCAACUCCAGCUGAGAGUCGAGCACGCGUGAAGAAGAUUGGGCUCUUUGACAAGAGUGAUUUGGUUGCAUUGAAGGAGCUCGGUCAACGUGCCGUCAAGCCAAUUAAAGAGACUAUCUUUACACAGACCAAAAUGGAGACUCAAAAGCUGCAUCCACAUUUAGUUAAGAAUCUAAAGGAGCUACUAGGCAUUACCCUGCUGACUACAGUGCAGGAGAAGAGCUUGCCUCACAUGCUGGCUGGCAAAAAUGUAAUGGUUCGUAGCCAGACCGGCUCGGGCAAAACCUUGGCUUAUGCCUUGCCCAUGGUGCAACGCAUGCAGGCGCAGGAACCGCACAUCCAACGUACGGAUGGCAUACUGGCCUUGAUUGUUGUGCCCACCCAUGAGCUGGCGCUGCAGACGCUCGAGCUGUUCAACAAGCUGCUCAAGCCAUUCAACUGGAUUGUGCCCGGAGCUUUUGUGGGCGGCGAGAAGCGCAAGAACGAAAAGGUGCGUCUGCGACGCGGCAUCAAUGUGCUGCUGGGCACACCUGGACGUCUGGUGGAUCACUUGCUGCACACCGAAAGCUUCAAGCUGAACAAGCUGCAGUUUCUAGUCAUUGAUGAAGCCGAUCGCAUGCUCGAGCUGGGCUAUGAGCGCGAUGUCAAGCAGCUGGUGGAGGCCAUCGCCAAGCAGCGCAGCGAGAACACUGAAGAGUCUCCCAAAGCGCUGCAAAGCAUGUUGCUCAGCGCCACGCUGACCAGUCAAGUGCAGCAGCUGGCAGGAUUGGCCCUCAAGGAGCCUGUCUAUAUAGACAACAGCGAUGAGGCCGCUGGCGCUGCUCUCAAGCAUGGCAAUGGCUAUGACAAGCACAUCAUUGAGGCUCAGCAGCAGGAGAGUCUGGGCGAAUAUCUCGAGGAUAUUACCGGUGUCUUGACCAUACCAGAGAACUUGCAGUUAAGCUAUUUGGUAGUGCCGCCCAAGCUGCGCUUGUGCACACUCUCUGCUUUGCUGGCUACAGAGCUGGCAGCGCAGCCCACAAAGUUCAAAGCCAUUGUGUUUAUGGCCACCACGGAGAUGGUCAAUCUACAUUCUGACAUGCUCAAUGAGGUGCUCACCAGCCGCGUGCUCGAUGACGACGAUGAGCAGGACGCCGAGUUGGACAGUAACCAAGACGCUCCCUUGCUUAAAGGAUUGCGUUUUUUCAAACUCCAUGGCUCCAUGACGCAAACUGAACGCUCUGGGGUUUUCCAAAGUUUCCGCAAGUGCAACAGCUGCGUGCUGCUUACCACAGACAUUUCUGGCCGUGGCAUUGAUGUGCCGGACGUGAGCUUUGUCAUACAGUACACGCCACCGCACACUACGGCGGACUUUGUGCAUCGCGUCGGACGUACUGCACGCGCUGGGCGUCGCGGUCGCGCUGUGCUCUUCCUGGCGCCCAGUGAGGCGAAAUUCGUGCGUCGCUUGGAGGACAAGCGCAUACGCAUUGCCCAGGGCGACAUGUAUAAAUAUUUGGAUGCACUGCUCAAGUGCGAUAAUGAGGCGCAUACAGUGCAGGAGGCAGCAUCCAAUUUACAGCAUAAAUUCCAAUCCCUUGUGGAGGGAGAUCGCGAGCUGCGUGAUCAUUCAAAAAGCGCUUUUGCCUCGUGGCUAAAGUUCUAUCAAACAUUUCCCAAGGAGCUUAAGGAAAUUUUCAAUAAGCAAUGCGCUCACAUGGGACACUUUGCCAAAAGUUUUGGCCUAAAUGAGGCGCCCUCAAAGUUUCUGAAGAACUAUGCAGCGCCCAAAGAGGCGCCACCCACCAAUCGCUUGACCUAUACGGAGCGUGAUCCCGAGAAGGUGAAGCAAGGGAAGCGUGAGAAGCGUCGCCUCUUCACCACCACAGUGAGCGGCGAGGCUGGACGUCAGCGUCAGCCGCAGCAGCAGCAGCAGGCAGAGCGUCAAACGGGCAGCGGUCACUUUAUGAAGAAGCUCAACAAAUCGCGUGCGCUGCUCAUGUCCGAGUUCGAUAGCGGUCUGCCCGCUCUAUCGGCGCCUAAGAAACGCAAACUAGUUUAAGUUAGUCAUAGGAGCAGCUUGGGUGGAAAAUGGAUAACCCAUUGAGCUGCUGCGCUCAGCACGCUUUGCAGCAUUUUGGGGCGCUGUUCAAGCAUUUAAUCGAAAAGAAAAUUGUGUGCGCCGCAGCAGCUAAAAAGAAAAUGAUAAAGAACACACGCCAGUCCGUCCGUCCGUCCGUUGUCAGCGGGCUUAGCUCAUAAAAGUUUCAUUUUUCUCAACUUUUAAGUCCGGACGUCCUGCGGGAAAAGUUGCUGCCAGCAUAUUCUCUCCACAGCCGCUCUCAUCUUUCUUUUUCCAUCUUUCCAUCUGAUUUCUCAACCUAUUUUUUUAUUCCCAUUUUAGAUGCAUCUAAUGUAAGGUUUUAUUUUUUUUCUUAGAAAAUAUUAGAAAUCCAUUUUCCGCUCACUGCAAACUCAUUCAGUUUUAAAAAAUGUCAAACACUUUGUGCUCUAGAGCGUGGGGCGGGGCGGGGCGGCUUGGCUAACGGCACGUGUUAGCCGCCUUUUUGUGUAACUGAAGCGCGUAAUUUGUUGGACAAGCCAUAAAUAAAUAUGAAACAUAAACUUGAUACAGCAACAAAAAAUACACAAC